AUGCUAUCAGAUCACAUGUUUUCUCAGGACAGACUCUUCGUCGAUAUAGAGACUCAAUUCCUGCAGCAUACGAACAGCGGACACUUCCAAUUCAUUAAAGGUACAGCAACAAAUCUCGAUCACACACAGCGUAUUGUCACUAUCACUCUAGAGAGCUCCGGUACUACGCAGGGCAUCUCGUUCCAUGGUUUGGUCAUCGCCACUGGCGCAUCUACGGCGUCCCCUUUACUUGGGUUGAUCAAAGAUGAGACGCUACUUCGCCAAUGUUGGAGCUCUCUGAGAAAGGCAAUGCCUGGAGUCAAGAACAUAGUUAUCUCUGGAGGAGGUCCGGCCGGCAUAGAGGCAGCUGGAGAACUAGGCGAGCACUUCAACGGGCGGCCCGGCACUUUCCGCUCUAGACUAUCCGCCCACCAGGUCAACAUCACGGUCAUAACAAGCAACUCAAAGAUCUUGCCCAACCUACGAGAAGCCAUUGCAGCCAAGGCGGAAAAGCUUCUGGCCGGAGUUGGCGUCACAGUCGUCAAAAAUGCCCGGGUCAAGACUGUUAUACCUGUCGGCGCUGGGAUUGACCCCGAACUGCUUACGUCCAAGACCACCGUCGUCCUCGAGGACGGGAAAUCCAUCGAUGCAGACUUGUACAUACCUGCGACUGGAACAACACCCAAUACCGACUUCAUCUCCGACAAAUGUCUUCUUGCCGCUGACAGUCGUAUUGACACCAACCCAUCAACUCUCCGUGUUGACAGAGCCGGCCCUAAUGCUAGGAUCUACGCUAUCGGGGAUGCCAGCUCAUACGCACGACCUGCAAUACACAACAUCCUUUCUGCAGUGCCCGUUCUUUGCACGAGCAUGAAAGAUGACCUUCUCCUUGAGGAGGGCUACCAGAAAGACCUAUCCGCUAGAGCUGGAAAGGUUUUUGUGGAAGAUACGAGAGAAACACAACUGGUUCCUAUAGGGACAAGAAAGGGUGUCGGCGCGGCAAUGGGUCUGCAACUACCUGGUCUCAUGAUAUGGAUGUUAAAGGGGAGAGAUUAUUGGCUAUGGACAACAGGGAACUUGUGGAAUGGCAAAAAGUGGGACAGGGAGUCUUAG